AUGCUAGGCAUUGGGGAUUCAGAAUUGAAAAAGAUGGUCCCUGUUCUAGAGGACUCACAAGCCAGUGGAGGAGACGCACAGCUGGAGGAGGAGCAGCAGGCCCUCCAGAAGAAGCUGAAGGGGACAGAGGAUGAGGUGGAAAAGUAUUCUGAGUCUGUGAAGGACGCCCAGGAGAAACUGGAACAGGCUGAGAAGAAGGCCACCGACGCUGAGGCAGAUGUGGCCUCCCUGAACCGCCGCAUUCAGCUGGUAGAGGAGGAGCUGGACCGGGCACAGGAGCGCCUGGCUACAGCCCUACAAAAGCUGGAGGAGGCUGAGAAGGCAGCUGAUGAGAGUGAGAGAGGAAUGAAGGUCAUUGAAAACCGAGCCAUGAAGGAUGAGGAAAAGAUGGAGCUGCAGGAGAUGCAGCUGAAGGAGGCCAAGCACAUCGCCGAGGAUUCAGACCGCAAAUAUGAGGAGGUGGCCAGGAAGCUGGUGAUCCUGGAAGGAGAGCUGGAGCGCUCAGAAGAAAGAGCCGAGGUGGCUGAGAGCCGAGCCAGGCAGCUGGAGGAGGAGCUCCGAACCAUGGACCAGGCCCUCAAGUCCCUGAUGGCCUCAGAGGAGGAGUAUUCCACCAAAGAAGAUAAAUAUGAAGAGGAGAUCAAACUGCUGGAGGAGAAGCUAAAAGAGGCUGAGACCCGAGCAGAGUUUGCCGAGAGGUCUGUGGCAAAGUUGGAGAAGACCAUUGAUGACCUGGAAGACGAAGUCUAUGCACAGAAGAUGAAGUACAAGGCCAUCAGUGAGGAGCUGGACAACGCACUCAACGACAUCACCUCCCUCUGAGCCCCACGCCAGUGUUGCCCCCUCAGCCCCUUUUCUCCUCUCCUUUCCACUCUCUUUGUGGGGAGGGGGCAGUCAGGAGGAACAAAGUUGUCAGCAUCGCACAGCCAGGCUGGGUGCAGCCUCGGAGAAGCCCCACCACACCUGCCGCCCACCCUGGCACUUGCUUCAUCCUUCUAUCCAACCACUCACUCCACCCUCCAGCCUCUACCUCUUUCUGCUGCUUAAUAAACUCAACUUGGUCU